AGGGGCUGACAGUGGCUUUUUAUAGUAAAUGCUGAUUAAUGAUGAACUCGUAUACGCAAUCAAUAUUACUGUUCAAACAACAUUGAAGAUACACUUCAAUGAACAUCGUUUAAAAUCGAUAUUCCGACGAAGUUUAAAAGGUUAAACUUAUAACAGCAGUUUAAAAAUAUAUACGAGUAUUCCCUGUAGCCCUAUUUAUUAUUUUUGUUUACGUUCCAAUGUGUUUAUAUUAUAAUUUUUUAUACUUUAAUUUUUACAUGUUUAAAAAAAAACUAACAAAUUAAUUGAAUUGUUGCUUAUGUGAUAUUUGUGCAAACCAAGACUGGGAGAUAGAGCUUACCGGGAUGUUAGAAUGAAGAUAUAUAAAUAGCUUAAGCUUAGCAGAACGGUCAAAGGAAUAAUGACAAAGCUAGCUAGCAAUCGUCGUGUUCGUAACCAAGCUGCAUCACUAGCUAUACCGCGCCAAAACUCUGUGUCUGAUAAUGGCAAAGUACGCCAGAACCUUAGUCCAGAAGCUCUGGCGUCAAUGAAUAAGGAACAGCUAAGAGCGGAAUGCAGGAAAAGAGGCCAGCGGACGUCGGGCAACAAAAAUGAGCUGCUCGCCCGCUUAGGGUACUACAAGCUGGCGGUUGCGGUGCAAGUGGACACGGAGCAGCGCACGCGCAACGGUCUGCACCAUACACAUCCUAAGGAGAUAAAAAUAAAAGCAACUCCAAUGGAUACAGACAGUCUAGUGCUAUGGAGGCGACCGUUCACCACACUUGAAUAUUUCUUCCGGGAAUUAUUUAUAUUAUGCUCAACUGGGUUACGAAGACUGUUAGCGUACAAGGGCUUAGCGGCGUCUAUAGUUGUUCUAGUCAGCGGUAUCGCCGUCUCUUUCUAUAUUAAUGGACCACAUCAGAGUUAUGUACAGGAAGCAGUGUUAACACUAGCAUGGUGGGGCUGGUGGGUGAUACUGGGCGUGUGCUCGUCGGUCGGUCUCGGCACGGGGCUGCACACGUUCCUGCUGUACCUGGGCCCGCACAUAGCGCGCGUGACGCUCGCCGCGUACGAGUGCGGCGGCCUCAACUUCCCCGAGCCGCCGUAUCCCAACGAUAUAAUUUGUCCCGCGUCGGUUGACCCUACGCAGCCUGUAACAAUAUGGAAUAUUAUGGCCAAAGUGCGCAUAGAAUCUAUGAUGUGGGGUAUGGGAACGGCAUUGGGGGAACUACCCCCAUACUUUAUGGCUCGAGCUGCGAGAUUGUCUGGAGGGGGAGUGGCUGAAUUGAACACGAAUGAUGAUUCGAGGACUGGCAGAGCAAAACAAAUGGUGCAAAAGCUAGUACAGCGCGUGGGAUUCGCCGGUAUAUUAGCUUGUGCGUCCAUUCCCAACCCCCUCUUUGAUCUCGCCGGACUAACUUGUGGCCAUUUCCUUGUACCGUUUUGGACGUUUUUCGGAGCGACGCUGUUGGGCAAAGCGGUCAUAAAGAUGCAUAUACAGAAGAUGUUCGUUAUUAUCGCGUUUAAUGAAACGCUUGUUGGGCAAGUCCUCCAAUGGGUCGAACGGAUACCGUACAUUGGUCCAAAACUAGAGGCGCCCCUUCUAGAGUUCCUUCGCAACCAAAAGACCAAACUUCACAAGAACAACGCGUCUCUGCCAGAAAACAACGGUUCAGUUUUAUCGAGUAUUCUAGAAAAAUUCGUAUUGGCGAUGGUUCUAUACUUUGUGGUGUCGAUAGUGAAUGCGCUAGCGCAGAACUACAGCAAGCGGUCCGGCAAGAAAAAGGGCAAGAAGAAGGAAUAGGGCAUGAGGACGCCGGGCGAUUCGGUUGUUGGUGUCGCGCGGCGGCGACUGGAUAAAAUUCGUCAGCAUCGGUAGUACGAGUUUUACUUGUCGCUCAUAAAAACUCUUGCGACGCAAGAUUUAUGAUCUAUGGCCAGCGUUCGGACCAUAGACACACCGAGCAUAGACUAUACAAGCUAUUUAUAACACACGGACAUGCUUACAAAACGAUAAACAUAGUAUAUAGAGAACAAGUAGGCCUACUCACGAGGCGCAGGGUUGUCACUUGUCUCGUUGAUAUUUAAAAUAAUUGUAUAAACAAACACUGACCGCUCACAGCAUUGGCGCGGCCCUAACGAAAACGGUCCAUGAGAAUGAACCGAGCGUUGUGUGCGUGCGACAAGCUUGCGUACGUGCGUGCGUACAUGUCCGUACAUGAACGUACGUGGACAAGCGCUCGGCGUACAUACAAACGGCGCCAAGUACCUUUGUUCGAAGAUAACUUUCUUGCUCUCUUUAUACUAUGCGAUAAAGAUAUAUUGUUGCAAUUCUAAAAUAUUUCCUAUAAAAACGUAAGCAUUUACAGUUGUAAGCUGUCCACUUAGUCAUAGUGUUACUGUGAGGAUGUUGAGUCAAUAUAUUAUUUAUGAAAUGUUUGCUUUCGUACCAAAUAGUUACCCUGUAUUCGUAAGACAAUUAUUGUUUUAAUUAAAUAAUUUUUCGUAAAUAUUGUCUUUGUUAUUAGGGUUGCACAAUUAUGGUUAUCCGAGACAGGUAAAAAUCGAAAACGAUAUAAGAAAAUUUUUCUUUAGAUAAUGUUUAAUAUAAUAGUAAAAUUUUAAUAUAGAAGCGUCAAGCUUAUUUUAAUAUAAAUUUAAACGUAUAAUAUAUUCGUGUUAAGGAUGCGUGA